AUGGAUAUUGGAAAUUUACCCAUCUUUAGCGGCAGCAAGGACACUAAAUCCACCAGUAACAGCAACGAGGCACCUAUUACAGGCAAUACAUCGAGAUCUUUUGAAUCCAACAAGAAACAAGCAGCACCAAGCGAGGACAAGAACGCUUGGGAACAAAUUGGUGAUUACGAUCAACCCGCUGCCUCCCCCAGCUCAAACAGUCCUGUCGAUGAGGAUGAGGACGAGGAAGACCACGAGCAAGUUCAAAUCCCUAGAAUACAUACCCAAACCGAAGAUUCCAAGAAGGAAUCUGAUGAUGCCGCAUCCAUUGCAUCAGAAGCAGCAGUCAAGGCAACUCAACAACAUAGUAGAUAA